GAAAAAGUUUAUACUAACAUGAAGAACAGGAUUAUAGUGUAACAUACUUAAUAACCUCCCAAAGGAACAGCAAGUUUGCCAGAGAUUUUGCCAAAAGCAAAGAAACACUAGAAGAAAUUGAUCAUCGAAAUGGGCAUGGCUUCCUUCAAUGUCUCCACGACUCUUGUGGUCUUUACGUUGCUCUGCAUGAGCAGAGAGGCUGCCGGAAUUGAGUAUUUACACCAUAUCUGUUCAAACAGUUCUACCGUUACUUUCACUCCCAACAGCACCUAUCAAUCCAAUCUCUAUCAACUCCUUUUCUCCCUUUCCUCCAACGCCGGACAUGAAGGUGGUUUCUACAACACCACCGUAGGACAAAACGCUUCCGACACUGUCUACGGCCUCUUCCUCUGCCGUGGUGACCUUUCCACCCAAGAAUGCCAAGACUACGUGGACAUUGCGACCCAAGAGGUGAUUAAUCAAUACUGUCCCAUACAAAAAACGGCCGUGAUCUGGUACGAGGAGUGCAUGUUACGCUACUCAGACCAAUAUUUCUUCUCCACCAUGAACACGUUGUCUGGAUUUUACGUUCCUAGCCAUAAAAAUAUUUCUGCAGAUUCAAAUCAGUUUAACCAGUUAUUGAUGCUGACAAUGAACGACUCGGUAAGCCAGGUUGCGAAUGUUAGCACCGGUGCGAAAAAGUUCGCAACUAAAGAAGCUAAUUUUAUGGGGUCUCAAAUACUCUACACCCUUGAGCAGUGCAUGCCAGACGUAUCUAGUUCUGAUUGCAGCAUAUGUAUACGGGAUGCGAUAUCGUCACUGCCGGAAUGUUGUAGUGGACUCCAAGGGGCAAGAGUUAUACUUCCUAGCUGUAGAAUCAGGUAUGAAAUUUACCCAUUUUACCGAAUGCUUCAUGCAGAGAGACCACCGCCUAUGCCAGCAAUUCUUCCUCCACCUCUGCCUCCAGGGAAAAGGAAAAGAUCAAUCUUAUUUCUCACAAUUAUUCCUAUUGUUGCUCUGAUUUCUGUCUCUGCGGUGCUCUUGAUCAUUAUGAUCUACUACUUCCUUUGUAGAAGAGCCAAAAAAGAGUACAAUGCUAUACAUAGAGAAAAUGCAACAACUGUAGGGUCCUUGCAAUUUGAUUUCGCUACAGUUGAAGCUGCCACUGCCAAGUUCUCAGAUGAUAACAAGCUAGGUGCAGGUGGAUUUGGUGAAGUUUACAAGGGUACACUCCCUAAUAAACAAGAAGUAGCUGUGAAAAGGCUAUCAAAAAGGUCUGGACAAGGUGAAGGAGAAUUUAAAAACGAGAUUGAAUUGGUUGCCAAGCUUCAUCACAAAAAUCUUGUAAGACUAUUGGGAUUUUGCUUGGAAGGAGAAGAAAAGAUACUUAUUUACGAAUUUGUGCCCAACAAAAGCCUUGACUACUUUCUAUAUGACCCUCAAAGACAAGGACAACUAGAUUGGUCAAAACGUUACAAAAUUAUUAAAGGAAUUGCUCGAGGAAUUCUUUAUCUUCAUGAGGAUUCUCGACUAAGAAUUAUACAUCGUGAUCUUAAAUCCAGCAAUGUUUUGUUAGAUGGGGAUAUGAAUCCAAAAAUAUCAGAUUUUGGCUUGGCGAAGCUUUUUGAAAUUGAUCAAACACGAGGACAUACUCGUAGGAUUGCCGGCACACUUGGUUAUAUGCCUCCAGAAUAUGCCAUACGCGGACAAUUCUCUGUUAAGUCUGAUGUGUAUGGUUUUGGUAUCUUAAUUCUAGAGAUUUUAAGUGGCAACAAGAUUAAUUCUUUCUAUCAAUCAGAUGGUGGUGGAAACCUUUUAAGCUAUGCUUGGAAGCAUUGGAGGGAUGGAACGCCCUUAGAAUUGUUGGAUCCAACUUUGAGAGAUUCUUACUUGACAAAAGAAUUCAUGAAAUGCCUCCAAAUUGGCCUACUAUGUGUUCAGGAGGAUCCAACUAGGAGGCCAACAAUAGCAUCUAUAGUUCUCAUGCUAAACAAGUCACAAUCGGUUAUUUAUCCAUCACCUCAACAACCAGCAUAUUGUAGUGGAACACAUCAAAGCAUGCCUUUAGAGUCUGUUAAUGAAACACCGAUGACAGAUGUAUCCCCUCGAUAGUAUGAGAAGUAAGGGCUUCACUAGAAUUCACAUCUAUUUGGAUUGGGAUUCCCUACACUAAUACACUCAUUAGUAUGUUCAAAUUUUAUUGAAAUUCAGACAUCUUUAAA